UAUCAUAUCAUAUAUCAGACAUGGCAAGGAAACGUCGAAUCUGGUUCAACCGCAUUCGCCGAAAAUUUGCCGGCCGUUCCCCUGUUUCCAAACCUUCAUCUCUUGCGACCACGGAUGAUGAGUUCAGAAACCUUCGUUCCUCCGAUUCCAAUAUCGUGAAUUUGGCAGAGGAAGAAGAAAAAGGAGAGCUUCUGAUAGUUUCAUAUUCCAAGGAGGAGUUGGCUGCGAUCAAGAUCCAAGCCUUUUUCCGAGGCCACUUGGCAAGGCAAGCAUUGAAGGGUUUGAAGAGGGUCGUAAAGUUGCAGGCAGUGGUCCGGGGAAUGUGUGUGAGGAGGCAGGCUCGGAUAGCUAUGCACUGCAUGAACACUCUCGUCCGUCUCCAGGUUCGGGUCCGAGCCCGGCAACUGCUUACUACCACUCCACAAUACCCUUAACCAGAUUAACAAUUGUCUACCUCUGUUUCCUUCAACCUUAUGCUACUUCAGGAGUAGCCUUUGUUGUAAUCCUUUUUCCUUUGUUCCUUUUUUUUCUUUUGUUGCAGACCUCCAUUUGGUUAAUGUAUUUUCAUUUGGAUUGAUAGCUCAAGUUAUUCCCUAUGAUACUCAGAUACGGAAACUUUAUUGGUGAAAUUUUUAAACAAUGAGUGAGACUAGAAAA